ACUUUGAUGUGGGUAAUUUUAUUGAGAUAAACCAUGGUACAGGAAAUUGAGAAAAAGGAAGUUGACAUCAUUCAUUCCACCACAUACCUUAUCUCAGACAAUAAUUAAUUUAUGUGAAAAUGGCUGACCUUAACCUUUCAACUGAGCAGGCUGAGCAGUCUGCGGUCCACCAAGACGUUAAGGAAUACUAUGGUAAAUCUCUGGCCAAUACUUCAGACUUAAAAACUACAGCCUGUUGUACAAGAAUUAACAAAGGCUGUCUCUCAGAACGGCUGAGAACUGCACUAGGAAACAUUCAUCAAGAAGUUACUAGCAAGUACUACGGGUGUGGUCUAGUUUUUCCCGAAGCCGUCGAAAAAUGUCACAUCUUGGAUCUUGGGAGUGGCUCAGGGAGAGAUUGCUUUGUCCUGAGUCAGCUUGUGGGAGAGACAGGAUAUGUGACUGGAGUAGACAUGACAAAGGAACAGAUUGAGGUUGCUAGAAAGCAUGUUGAUUAUCAUACAAGUAAAUUCGGAUAUGGUUCGCCUAAUGUGGUGUUUAUUGAAGGACUUAUUGAAGAUGUGAUAGAAUUAGGAAUCGAAAGAGACAGCAUUGAUGUGAUCAUUUCAAACUGUGUUAUUAACUUGUGUCCAAACAAGUGGAAGGUCUUCCAGGGUGCAUUUGCUGCACUAAAAGCUGGUGGUGAGUUGUAUUUCAGUGAUAUUUAUGCUGAUAGGCCUAUCUCACAGGAAGCAAGAAGCAACAAGAUAUUACAUGGAGAGUGUAUCUCUGGUGCUCUUGAAUGGAAGGAAUUGAUGUCCAUAGCUCUUGAGGUCGGGUUUGCCCCUCCGGUACUAGUCGAUGCUUCACCUGUUACUGUUCCUGAUAAUCCAGAAUUGAGCUCAUUGCUUGGUCAAACUCAAUUCUGUUCUGCAACCUAUCGACUAUUCAAGACUAAUCAUCAUGAGCAUGACUCUACUCUGUCUGAAGAAAUCACUUACAAUGGUACUAUUGCAGAUCAUCCUAACAAGAUCAAAUUCUCACAUGACAUAGAAUUAAAGACAGGAACUCCACUUGUCCUUCCUGCUAGUGUGUCCCUCCUGAUAAAGGAGAGUAGGUUAGGAUCGCAUUUCUCUUUUGCUCCAUGGACAGGUCAAUCAUCUCCUUAUCCUAGUCUGAGCUCAUACUCUGAUUUUAAUCCGUUUCAAAUUUCGGUUCCCUCCGGUUGUUGUGACAACAAGGAAGCCUCCUGUGCAUCCAGUUCAAAGUCUUGUUGCUGAGACAACCGGGAGGAUGUUAAUGGAUUAUAUACUGUUGAUAUAAUAAAUUAUACUAUGUGAUGUUACAUACAAAUUAUGCAUAGCGUAAUUCAUUUUCAUUAUUAUAAUUUAGCGUGAUAUCAUUAUUAUUAUUUAACCAUUUCCUUGUAAUGAUCUUUAAAUAAAGCA